UGCGUAACUGGUUUUAUUUGUAUACCACCGAGCCCUUGUUGGUAAACAAGUUUUCACCACACACAAACCCAAAUCAAUGCCAUAUUUUAAGACUUUAUACUUCUAAGAGGUAUAUUUAAGCGUCGGUCAUGGUGAAUUGUUGCAUACUUGGCUGUAAAAGCUAUAGUGAACGUAAAGAACCAAACAUAACCUUUCAUCGUUUUCCGAAUGAACCGUAUUUAAAUAAUAAAUGGACUAAGUGUACAGAUAGAUUAAACUGGCAUCCAACUCAAUACGACCGGAUAUGCUCAAGACAUUUUGAAAUGAAUUGUUUUCAAAAGAAAAAAAAUAAAACGUUUUUACAACCUCAUGCGAUACCUACACUUUUUAUGCACGUAAGUAUUUAACUCUUUUCGUGAUAUUCGUAAAAUUGCUGUUCUGUUUUACCAAUAACACAAUUUUUUUUUCCGGCGCUAAAAUUUGAUAAAAGCUUGGGCCUUUAUUCAAAUUUAACCUAACCAAUAUAGACUGUAAACAGUUGUGCGUGUAUAAAAACACUGUGUAAAACGUCGUCUGUGAUGUAUAAGGUAGAACAGUUACUAUGCAGCAGUUGUUGAUCGGGUGUGGUUUCAUCUGAUUAUAUGCGUGUGGAGUGAGUGAGCACUCCCUGAAAAAAAUUUUUUUUGGGUAUUUCUUAUCGUAAAAAUUACCCCUCAAAUAGGGAAAAUUUAUCUCAUGUCAAUAUUAGUGGCAUAUAGAUAUAGAUAAAUAUUAUGACGUUAUGUCGAUCAUCAGUCGCUAUCUCACAUGCUGUACGCUGAUGCCUGGUCUUUACCAUAGUCCGUCAGCCGUCUACGAAACCACAAAAUAUAUCAACUUAUUUACAAACCUUCAAUUGCGAAUGCGUUUUAUGAUAUUGCUAAUAAUUUAAAUGAAAUGAUCUACCGCUAGUUAUAUACACUUUGGAUUAUUUUAUAAUAUGCGUAUCAAAGUAUCUCUGAAAGGCCAAGAAUGUCUGAAAUAGUACAAAUGGAGGUGCUUUCUACAAUACACUGCAAACAACAAGUUGUUCGAGCAGUGAGAUUUAAUAUCGAUGGGAGUUAUUGCCUAACGUGCGGCGCUGAUAAAAAAAUUAAAUUGUGGAAUCCGCAUAACGAUUUGCUCUUAAAAACUUAUGGAGGUCAUGCAAAUGAAGUUUUAGAUGUGGCAGGUUCAAGUGAUAAUAGUCAGAUUGUUUCUUGUAGUGCCGAUAAAUCUGUUAUCCUAUGGGAUGUUACUACUGGUCAACCCUUGCGCAGGUAUAGGGCCCAUGCUAGCUCAGUAACAUGUAUAAAAUUCAAUGAAGAAUCAACCAUGGCAAUUUCUGGAUCCAUAGACAAUACAGUAGCUUUAUGGGAUGUUCUUAGUAGAAGACAGGAGCCAGUACAGAUACUUAGAGACGCAAAAGAUACUAUAACAUCCAUACAGGUUACUGAUCAUGAGGUUUUGACUACUUCUGUCGAUUGCCAUACAAGAUUAUAUGAUCUACGAAUUGGAAAAAUGAUAUCUGAUUAUAUUGGUUCAAUAAUAACACAUGGAAGUUUAACACAUGAUGGGCAAUGCUUUGUUUUAAGUUGUUCAGAUGGUACCAUAAAAUUAAUAGAUAAGGAUUCAGGAGAACUUUUAAAUACUUUUAUGGGGCAUGAGACUAACGAUUAUUUGCUUGAAAAUUGUAUUAAUGACAAAGAUAAUCAGAUCAUUUCUGGUUCUGCCACUGGUGAAAUAUUUUACUGGGAUUUAAUUAGUAGUAAUAUUACUAACAAGUUAGUUCAUAAAUUUAACAAGCCGGUGGUGACAAUUAGUCACCAUCCAUCUGAUAGCAUUUUACUAUCAGCUUCUGAAGAUGAAAUAAAACUGUGGGGUGUUAAUAGCAAAGAAUGAUUAAUCUGUUAUUUAGUUUAAGAUCUCCCAGGUUAUUGUAUCCUAUGUAAAAUGAUAAUUAUUUUGUGUCAGUAGGCAUAGAAAGGUGAUAGCUUACUUGCCUUAAAUGAUCAAUGAAAUAGAUUCGGAAGUUCAAAUUAAAAAUUUAGUUGUAUGUUUUAAUUUUUUUGGGUAAAACAUCUAAAAAUUGUUAAUUUUGAUUUCUAAAUGCAAGUAAUCUUAAUAUACCUAUGUAUACAUCUUUAAACAGCAAGUUAACAUACUACAAAAAUAUAAAGUAUAACUAAAAUAAAAUGUUUACAUUAUUUUAUUUUAUUGCUCUCACUUGUAAAAUGCUCGUAUUUACAGAUACAAGAUAAGCUCUCAAAAUUGUAGUUACGAAAGUGAAACCACAAACCAAUAAU